AUGGAGUCCUUCGUCGACCGUAAGCUGGCGACAGAUGAGCAGGAAUCGUUCAAGAUUCGCCUGAUCACGACUGAAGAAGAAAUGCAAAGGUUUGCGAUAAAACCAAUGGCGAAGGAAGGCUGGCGGCCGGGCUUAAAGGACGCCGAAUUGUUUCUCGCUUGUGAUCCCACGGCAGCUUUCGUUGGUGAACUGAACGGGAAACCCAUAGCCACUGUUAGAAUUUCAAAAUAUGGCGAUAGCUUUGCUUUCAUCGGAGCUUAUCUAGUGGACAAGGCAUAUAGAGGAAAGGGAUACGGCUUGAAGAUCUUCAAUGCCGCCGUGUCAAGUGUGAAGCCAACCAGCAACAUCGGAUUAUAUGCUUUGCUUCACCUCGAGAAAAUGUAUGAAAGAAGCGGAUUUCGAAGUCACUUUCAUGCGGCACGCUAUGACUUCCAUCUCCCGACAACCAUAGCCUGUUUCCCUGAAAUACUGGAGAAAAUUUCCGUAGAAGUCAAAGCUAUAGAGGACGUAGAACUAGAGAACAUAUUUCGGUACGAUACGCAUGUGUUUGGCUUCGAACGUAGCGCGUUCUUAUCGAGAUUACUUCGUGCAGAGGGUACCCUUGGAUAUGUGGCCGUCAACAAUGACGGUUUAACCGUGGGUUACAUCUCUGCCCGACCGUCUUUUCUUCAAUAGGAAGGUUACUUAAUAGGACCUCUGUUUGCGGAUUCUAAAGCCAUCGCAGAGAGGCUACUGAAGGCAUUGUUCGAAAAGCUUUCUCAUGAAGAGAAAGCUGUCCCAUUGGUUUGCAUGGAUGCCUCAACAAAGCAAGGCAUGGAUCUUGGAGAAGAACUACAAGGAAAAAAGGUGUUUGAUUUGGUUUACAUGGUGACAAAGGGUCUCCCUAAUACCUGUUUGGAAAAGCAGUUUGGUGUCACUAUUGUUGACCUUGGAUGACACAAUAAGGAAUUUAAACAAUGCUAUAGGUGUGUAUCGGCUGAAGAUCAACUUCAUUGAGAUCCUCAAUCAAAGUUGGGAAUUCCUAACAUAAGUGAAAUGUGAAACGCGUGUCUGGCCUUUUAGAGCAGUGUAUGAUAAAAGAAAGAAAAAAAUCAACAGAGAAAACACUAGCUCUAUAAAAAUCGGUCAAAUCAGAUGGGAUUUUGCUAACCCGAGGAACUUAUUUCCAUUAAAACUUGUUCAUACAUUUUCUCAAGUGGUAGAACUUUAAAUAAAGUGUAUUAGAAGUUUAUUAACAUAUUGUUUCAAUUAAAUACAUUCAGGUGUUUUGUAAACCGUUGGGAACACAUUUUUGUCGUCAAAUGAUGUACUCCUUUUCUUUCUUGUAUAUUUUGGGGUGAAAAAAUAAAGUUGUUGUUGUUGUU